UCUCCGUUCCAUCUUUGUUCCCUUCCGAAAGUCUUUCUUCGCCACCAUCCUCUCGCUGCAUUGCGGCGGUUCUCCUCCGCUUACGUUAGCCUUAAUCGCCUUGUUCUUUUCAUUUACUCUCACCACACGAAGAAGCAGCGCCCACUCUUGAAUUGAAGGCAAUGGCUUCGGCUGCGAGGGCAGAUCUCGAUGGCAACCCUAUAAAGCCAAUCACAAUUUGCAUGAUCGGUGCCGGUGGGUUCAUUGGGUCCCACCUUUGCGAGAAGCUCAUGGCUGAGACACCCCACAAGGUCCUCGCAUUAGAUGUCUACAACGACAAAAUCAAGCACCUCUUGGAGCCUGCCACGCUCCCUUGGGCUGGGCGCAUCCAGUUCCACCGCCUCAACAUCAAACAUGAUUCUAGGCUCGAGGGCCUCAUCAAGAUGGCAGAUCUGACUAUAAAUCUGGCUGCAAUUUGUACUCCCGCGGAUUAUAACACCCGUCCAUUGGACACUAUUUACAGCAACUUCAUUGAUGCGCUUCCCGUGGUGAAGUACUGUUCGGAAAAUAACAAGCGUCUCAUUCAUUUCUCUACCUGUGAAGUGUAUGGGAAAACGAUUGGAAGCUUUCUCCCAAAAGAUAGCCCUCUUCGUAAGGAUCCAUCAUAUUAUGUUCUUAAAGAAGAUGAAUCUCCAUGCAUAUUUGGUUCAGUUGAGAAGCAGAGAUGGUCUUAUGCUUGUGCAAAGCAAUUGAUCGAGAGGUUAAUUUAUGCUGAGGGCGCUGAGAAUGGCCUAGAGUUCACCAUAGUGAGGCCUUUUAACUGGAUUGGACCUCGAAUGGAUUUCAUUCCUGGUAUUGAUGGUCCGAGUGAGGGUGUUCCAAGGGUUCUUGCUUGCUUUAGCAAUUGUCUUCUACGACGGGAGCCCCUCAAACUUGUGGAUGGUGGUCAAUCCCAGAGAACUUUUGUUUACAUCAAAGAUGCUAUUGAGGCUGUCUUAUUGAUGAUUGAAAAUCCUGCGAGGGCCAAUGGGCACAUAUUUAAUGUGGGUAACCCAAACAAUGAGGUUACAGUCAGGCAGCUUGCCGAGAUCAUGACUCAGGUUUACUCAAAUGUGAGUGGAGAACCGCCCUUGGAAAAACCUACAAUUGAUGUGAGCUCUAAAGAAUUCUAUGGUGAGGGAUAUGAUGAUAGUGACAAGAGAAUUCCUGACAUGACCAUAAUCAACAAACAGCUUGGCUGGAACCCCAAGACCUCGCUUUGGGACUUGCUUGAAUCAACCCUCACCUAUCAGCACAGGACAUAUGCUGAAGCUAUCAAAAAAGUUAUGGCAAAGCCAGUUUCAAGUUAGCAUGGUGCACUAUCGCGUUGCCCCAGAUAUGUGGGUAUUCUGUUAGCUUGUUCUUGCCAAUCAACUCGACUCUACAUGCAUUAUAAAGGUUCAUUUUGCAUAUACGUUAAUUUUUUCCCCUGAUUACGUUAGCGGCCCAUGCCUGUCGCAAAUUUAUACAGAGGACAGAAAUUUGUUGAGGCAAUCCUUGUUACCACUUAGUAAUUUCCAUGUAGAGCUUUGGGCCGCUAGACUUGUUGGAGGUCUUUUUACGAGAAUUAUUAUUAUUCUUUUAGGGAUCUGCCAGUCCCCUGAUUUGAUUUUUUUCUCAUGUUCAGAUACACUUGCUGUGUUUGCCUCUCCAAGGCAUUUGUGCUCUAAAUUAUUUAUUAUUAACUGCUUGUGAUA